AGAGUGCCCCUUUACAUCAGGUAUCCCCAUCAGAGUGCUCCUUUACAUCAGGUAUCCCCAUCAGAGUGCCCCUUUACAUCAGGUAUCCCCAUCAGAGUGCCCCUUUACAUCAGAGUGCCCCUUUACAUCAGGUAUCCCCAUCAGAGUGCCCCUUUACAUCAGGUAUCCCCAUCAGAGUGCCCCUUUACAUCAGGUAUCCCCAUCAGAGUGCCCCUUUACAUCAGGUAUCCCCAUCAGAGUGCCCCUUUACAUCAGGUAUCCCCAUCAGAGUACCCCUUUACAUCAGGUAUCCCCAUCAGAGUGCCCCUUUACAUCAGGUAUCCCCAUCAGAGUGCCCCUUUACAUCAGGUAUCCCCAUCAGAGUGCCCCUUUACAUCAGGUAUCCCCAUCAGAGUACCCCUUUACAUCAGGUAUCCCCAUCAGAGUACCCCUUUACAUCAGAUAUCCCCAUCAGAGUGCCCCCUUACACUCAAAGUACCCCUUUCUAUCAUAUUCCCCAUCCGAAUGCUACUUUCCACAGUAUGUGCCCAUUUGUGCCCCCUUAAUAUAAAAUGUGCCCGUCAGAGUGAACCUUAACAUAACAUAAGGGCAUGCUGAUGGGCACAUUUUAUAUUAAGGGGCACUCCGAUGAGCACAUUUUAUAUUAAGGGGCACUCCGAUGAGCACAUUUUAUAUUA